UGAUCCCAGCAUUAUUUGGGGGAAAGGUCGGAGGUACAGCAGGUCUUUAUUGUCACUGCGGGGUAAUUGAGAGUGAUUCAAGAAGAAACUGCUCGAAAAAGUUUGAUCCUGACAGUGUUGGAUUGUUGAAUCGGCAUCAUGGCACUCCUCAGAGGUGUAUUUAUUGUUGCUGCCAAGCGCACUCCAUUCGGCACCUAUGGAGGUGUUCUGAAGGAUCACAGUGCAACAGAUCUGGCUGAGCACGCAGCCAAAGCUGCACUCGCUGCAGGGGGUGUGGCACCGGAGCUUGUAAACAGUGUCAUCAUGGGGAACGUCAUGCAGAGCUCAGCUGAUGCCCCCUACAUCGCACGCCAUGUUGGUCUGAGGUGUGGUGUUCCCAUCCCAGUGCCUGCUCUCACUGUGAAUAGACUGUGUGGGUCUGGUUUCCAGUCCAUCAUCAAUGGUGCUCAUGAGAUCCUCCUCAGGGAGUCAGAGGUGGUCCUGUGUGGGGGCUCAGAGAGCAUGAGCCAGGCCCCAUAUGCUGUUCGCAACAUACGAUUUGGUACAAAGUUUGGAUUCGACCUCAAGCUAGAGGACACUUUGUGGGCGGGACUCACUGACCUGCACGUCAAAAUCCCAAUGGGCAUCACAGCGGAAAACUUGGCAGAGAAAUACCAGAUCACAAGAGAAGACUGCGACAAAUAUGCAUACCAGACGCAACAAAGGUGGAAGGCAGCUCACGAGGCCGGUCACUACACAGCAGAAAUUGCUCCCAUUGAUGUGAAAGCGAAGAAGGGCAAGGUACCGAUGACUCAGGAUGAACACCCUCGGCCACAGACCACACUAGAACAGAUGGCUAAACUGGCCCCUGUCUUCAAGAAGGGAGGGACUGUAACUGCCGCCAAUGCUUCGGGUGUGUCUGAUGGUGCUGCUGCUGUGGUGAUUGCAAGUGAGGAUGCACUGAAAGAACACAAGCUCACUCCGCUGGCCAGGAUUGUGUCUUAUCAUGUGUCAGGCUGUGACCCAAGCAUUAUGGGAAUUGGCCCAGUUCCUGCAAUCACCGAAGCUCUCAAAAAAGCCGGUCUUUCUCUCAAGGACAUGGAUCUUGUGGAGGUGAAUGAGGCUUUUGCCCCUCAGUACCUGGCUGUUAGCAAGGCUCUCGGACUGGAUCCUGAGAAGAGCAACGUUGACGGUGGAGCUAUCGCCAUCGGACAUCCUCUUGGAGCUUCUGGGACACGCAUCACUGCCCACCUAGUUCAUGAGCUCAGGCGACGAGGGGGCAAAUACGCUGUUGGCUCUGCUUGCAUCGGAGGUGGCCAGGGCAUCGCCAUCAUCCUUGAGAAAUGCUAACUGAAGAAGCUGUAUACUUGGAAGGAUGCCUGAAGAGGAAUAUCAUUCACAGACACCAUCUGCUCACGUAAAAAAAAAUGCUCAAAUUAAACCUGAUAUUAUUUCAAGCCUUUCACAUACACAUAAAAUGGCAAAUGUUCUCUACCAUGAAGCACCGAUGCUCAGCUCACCCUGGCAAACAAAGAAGAAUAACGCAUUACUAUAAAUCAGACUUUUUUUUGCUGCUUACUCUUUACUUCUUUCAGUCUAUUCAUACAAAAAUGUGCAAUAAAUGUUCCAGUCCAGAGUUGCCUUGGAAGUGAAUAUUAAGAGCUAACUCAAGUUUCCGAUCCACAUGUCUGUGGUACUGGUGGUACUGGUGUGCCAGAGGCUGUUUCUGUGUGUGAUUGAAAUACAGAGCUAGCUUGGUUACAUUAACCCGUGUAGCAUAUUAUUAACUCAAAAGUACUGUCAGUGUUGAGUUUAGAGGAACUGCGAUAUUUGCCUUAAAAUGUUCGGAUCCACUCCAUUAUCAGGGAACUGCCGAAACAUGUCUGACCUGUGUUGGGUUCAGAAAAAAACGAUUUUGUAUUUCUGUGUCAAAGAAUCUCAAUAAAUUACAGUUUGGAAAAUA